AUGAAUGUCUCCGGAACCCGCUCGUCAGCGCACACCUUGUGCGUCGGUGUCGCAAGAUGCCUUGAAGGCUCGGAUUGUGUUCUCGACGCCUCAUGCGGUGAAUGCUCGGGUGUCGCGUGCACUCGAAUCCUCUCCAACAAUAUGGACGACAACAAGGAUAUCGCUCUCACCUGUCUACCGUAUGACACUCGCGGCUAUCGAACGCCGCAACUCGAGGAGGACGGCUGCCGGCAGGUUGGCGAUCGCCAAAUAUGCAUCUGUUAUAGUCAUGAUUACUGCAAUUCGACAUACCACCGACAACUCAUGGGUCUUUCUUGUGUUCUUCUCCUUAUUAAUUUACUCAAUGUUUUAUAA